AUGCCAUCUGCCUCUCAUCUAUCGCUGUCGCCCUUUGAGCAGUUCAGAGAGCCCCUACUGGUCAUCGGAAUCGGAGAUGCGUCCGAGUAUGCCUGGUUACAGCCAUCACGUGCGACUGAUGGGACGUCAAGUACGAUGUUUGAAGAUCCUCCAGCCGGCGAUGAUGAAGCCAAUGCUAUUCAGUUUGGUAUCGACGACCUCAGAGAGCAGUUCCCCAGGGCGUAUCUUCACAGCGUCAUGAUGUUUGAUUCAGUAACUCAAGCUCGACAUCCGCGAUUACCUCAAGAGACGCUCUUGAUCCCACCCAGAUCACAUCUGAAAACUACCACAAUGAAGACCGUCAUGUGCGAUCUCACUGCAACCUUAUUAGCGGAGAUGACAACCUUAGCAAAAUCCAUACAAGCCCUUCCUACUUUGGUCUCACCUGCGUCUCAGAAUGGUACAGCGGAGAUCACACCAAGUUGGGCCGCAGCCGACUCGACUUCGCAAUUUGCGCGUCGCAAUUCGCAAACACCAAGCACCAGUAGGCCGGAAUCGCCCGUAAACAACGCACUGAAGGAUGGUCACCGAAUGUCGAUGCCGGUAUUGCCAUCAAGUUCGGGAGGACCGCUGUCUACAGAAGAUCCAAGAACGGCGUCUUCGAGUGCACAAGGCACACAUACGCCACCAACAACUUUUGAUGAAAUAUCCGGCAUUAACGCAGCCAAUAUGCUGCAUCAAACGAAUAGUAAUCCCACCAGACCUAGCACCGCUACCAAGAACGCUGCAGCGGACCGCGUUUCGAUACAUGGCUUUGGUUCUGGCGGGGUCGGUGAAAGGGCUCGGAACAAGGGACGUGGUCGUAUAGGUAUCGUGAUCGGUACACUGUAUAUGUGCGCAGGUCAGUGGGUUGAAGCGGUGCGAGAGCUCACAGAGGGAGCGACAAGAGCACGGGCCUUGAGUGACCAUCUAUGGCAUGCCAAAGCUCUUGAACACAUCAUGGUUUGCAUGCUCCUUUUUGCAUGGUCGGGCAUGGAAUUCCAGAUACCCGAAGUUUGCUAUCCAGUCGGAGGAAGCAUAACCCCAACGCAUACGCCAUCGAAUAGUGCUUCCGACGUUUCGACUCCAGCCAAAGCGCACAAACACGACAACUCAUUGGACGCCCUGAACUCGCUGCUACCAGACCUGGUCAAUAUGAUCCUGAAUUUGUAUACUCGUGCGGCCAACUUCGCUGGCGAAUCGUUGCCGCCUCUUGCAUUCUCGGAAUGUGUAAUACGAUUUUCCAAGUUACUGGCUGCGAUAAACUUAUCAGCGGGAUUCCUCGACGAUGAUGCGUUGCGACACCUUGUACAGAACAUACCGUACAAGCAAAAGGCACGGUUUUCGGUUCCGAGGCUUAGCGUACACCCUACGCGUAACGAUAUCGCUUCCAUGCUGUUCCGUGCACUACCUGGGCCUGUGGAAAGCUCCGGGAUGAACCCCACAGACCGCGUUGUAGUACUCGCCGGUGUUGCCUCAAUCUUGUCAUCAUUAGGAUUGCAACGGAAGAAAGCCAUCGUCAUGAAGGAGUUCAUCACGUCUCUAGUUCCUGGCUUGAUUCAGGCCCGUAAAGUAGGUGCAGCAGAGAUGGGAGUCCACCCGGCUGCUGGUCUUGCCGCUCUCAACAUCGCAAACGGUGGCAGCUCCGGAAGUGGUGCCCUCAAUCUGGGUGAAGGCGAAGUCGAGAAUGGCAUCGAUGAAUUCUUGGGUCUAUUGGGUCGCAUAUACGGGAUACCUAAUUCGAAGGGGAACAUGCCCGAUAUCGCCGUACCCAGUCAAAGAAAUGAGAACGCAGAAAGUGCCUCAGACAGUAUUGCUAGCCAACGUGUGGUCGACGCUAUUCUGGCGAUCUCCUCAUUACGAUCCUUUGGCAGUCUUAGCAUCAAGCUGGAAAUACUGCGAACGUGUCUGAGUUUCUGCGAAGCGCUACCAGAUUUCAAUAGCGUUCUCCAUUUCACUGCUCUCUUACUACGAGUGGCGGGCCCAGGCACGGCGCCAAGACCUAAUAGCACUGAUGUGUUCGUGUCUCUUCCCCGAGAUGAACAGAUCCGACUCUAUUCGAAUAUCUCGAGAACAGUUACUGCCGCGAAGAAACUUGGUCUACAGCAUGUAGAAACAGAAUACUGGGACGAUUUCCUCAUCCGCGGAUUGUUUAUUCUUGAGGAAAUGGAACCUCUACGGCUAACUCAAAGGCAAGGGACGGAACUAAAGGCAGAUAGCCAAGGAAAGGAAGGCCCGUUCCUUCACAACGCCUGGUUGAAGAAGCCGCAGACAAACGCUGCAAACACGGUUUUGGUUGCUAACGAGCACUAUCGUUUCGUCAUCGCCAUGCAGAAUCCAUAUGAGUUCGAGCUUGGAGUAGAGUCGUUGAAGAUAGCUGCUGAAGGUGUUGAGUUUAUUGCAUUAGAAGAGCACUUCCUGCUCGGUCCUUACAGGACCCAAAAGUUCCAGAUCACAGGAACAGCGCAAUCGUCAGGGUUGCUCAAGAUCAUCGGUUGCUAUGUCAAGCUCAUUGGGUGCCGAGAGCGACUUUUCCCCAUAUUUCCUGAGCCAUGGAAGCCCAAGAGGGAAGCCAAAAUGAAGCGCAUGGGUCUCAAAGCAUGUCUAGGCGCUCCAACAUCACGGCCCUCGACAGCUAUUGCACCAUCAAUCGAUCACAGAGCAACCUUCCAGCCAAAGCCAGAGUCACUGAACUUCUCUGUAAUACCAGAUCAGCCAGUCAUUGUCAUCACCAACGUUUCUCUACCGCAAUCAGCAGUCAUGGUGCUUGAAGGCGAAAGAAAACGGUUUACUGUUACUGUUAAGAACACCUCAGCUGUAACAACCGUUGAUUUCGUUCACAUCUCUUUCCAGGAUACUGCAACUGCGGCAAUUCAAGCGGCAACAUCCGAUAAAGACUUGCCCGCAGCUGAGUUACAUGAGUUGGAAGUUCAGCUCGCCCAUCAUCCAUCAUUGCGUUGGUGCAAGAGCGAGGCCGAAGAACCACCGAGCAUCAAGCCGGGCGCCGAGGCGGAGUUCACCAUUGAGGUUAUCGGCCGCACAAGAUUGACAGAUGCUACGAUUCAAAUCGACUAUGCCAACCUCGGAAGGCGAAGAUCGGAAGUCGAGGAGCACUUCUUUACCCGCCAGGUGUCCGCGCCUAUCUCAAUCACUGUAAAUGCGAGUGUGCAGCUCCAGCGCCCGGACAUAGUACCCUUAUCCGGCGACAUUGGCUGGUCUAGUAUCACUUCGUCAGGCUCUCAAGCCCACUCUGAUCAUGAGCCAUCGUCUGCUCUGUCCUCUGGGAAAGCUGAUACUCAUCUUCGGUCUUUCAUCAACCAGAAGCAAAUUCGUGAGAAUGACGAAGAGCACUGCAUGCUCCUCCUAGAUCUCAGAAACUCGUGGCCAAACCCAUUAUCGAUAUCACUCCAAGCCCGAAAGCCCAUGGCUGACGGCAACUAUAGUGACGAGUCUUGGAACGAAGGACAUGGUGUUAACGAAGUCAUACAGCCGGGCCAUGUCAGCAGGAUUGUCAUGAUCCUUCCAAAGGUUUAUCUGAAGGCCCCGCAUGCCGCUGUUCCAUCGUUGAAUCCUGCAAACCAACGUCAGUUCGUCGUUAGCACGAGCAAGAUCUCUCCCGAAACCGAACGAGCGAGCCGGGAAGCUUUCUGGUACCGUGAGGAGCUGCUCAAGAUCGUGCGAGGUACGUGGACGGAAGACGGCAAUGGACGUCAUGGCGAGCUAGAAUUGCGCAGCAUUCGCUUCUCCCCACGCAUGGUAGAGGCCAUCAAACUUGAGGAUCUCGCCAUGAGUACGACCAUUGUUUGUGACUACCCCACAGCGGAAGGCGAGAAUACUGUGCGGCAAGUCGGUCGUGCGAAGUUCGAGGUACCGAUAGAUGACUUCCUAACAAUGAAGACAUCCGUGCGUAAUCGCAGUCCGCGUCCCAUCUCGCCUAUACUCAGACUGCAGCCGCACCUCGCUGGCCUUCCUCACAAUAUCGCUCUGGACCUUGAUAAGCGGUUCUCGUGGACAGGCGUGCUACAGCGCAAGCUGCCGGUCAUACAACCCGGAGAAACUGUAGAGUCCGAGCUUGGUAUCGUUGCGUUAUGCGCCGGCACGUACGAAAUCGGUGCCUCGAUCGACGAAGCGGAGUUUAUGAAAAGUGGGAGAGAAGAGGAAGACCAAAACCCGAACGUUGACACCCAGACUUUGCUGCAGGGUGGGAAUGUUUUGGGCGAACCGAAGCUACGAACUUGGUACAUGAGAGAGCCUUGUACGGUUGUUGCAAGGAGAUGA